AGUUAUACCCGGGCAGUAAGUCCGAAGCAUUGAAACUGGAAAAAGAUGCAAGCUCAAACUGGAAUGAUCCGGUUUUUGUCAGCGGUGUGUUUUCUAUUGAUGUCGGCCCCGCAUUUUUCAGAAGCAGGAGAUUGGGGACCAUGGUCAGAUUGGAGUGUUUGUUCAAAAACAUGCGGCAUGGGACUCCAAAUGAGAGAGAGAUUUUGCGAUUCUGAUCCUUGCCUGCCAACUAACGGUAAAACCGAAACAAGAAAUUGCGACGGGCCAGCCUGCCCUCCGCCAACUUGCGGAGGUACUCUGACUGCCCCUACUGGAGUGAUUACUUCGCCGAACUAUCCCGAUAAUUACCCCAACAAUUUCAACUGUACAUGGUUGAUAUCAGUGCAAGAAGGAUAUAAAAUUGACUUUAAAUUCGAAAAAUUCGUUCUUGUGCCUGGUUGCGAGGAUCGUCUUACUAUAAUCGAAAGUGGGACAGUGCCGGACAAAUAUUGCUCGCAAAGAACAGGUGCAAGUUACGGAACUGUCGGAAAUGUGGUCACCAUUAAUUUUCAAAGUGACGCCUUAAUGUCGGCCACUGGUUUUAAAAUUACGUAUGAAGAAAAAGUAAUUCCAAACUGCAUUUUCAACUUUUGCCUUAACUCCGGAACCUGCAAUGGGAUAGAUACAUGUUCUUGUGAAGCAGAUGAGAACUAUGGCUUCUACAGAUGCGGAUAUGAUUUGUAUCGCGAUUCAAGAGUCCAGGAUGUUGCUGUUACUUCACCUCGUGAUUUAACAUCAUCGUGUGUCAUGUAUGGAACAAAUCACGUCAAAACAUUUGAUGGGAGGCUUUACCGUUUCACUGGCAAGUGUCAGUAUGUUAUGGUUAAAACAGAGGACUUAGAGGUGCUAAUCAAGCGUAAGUCAAACUGUGACCCUAGUACCAGCGCAUCCUACACAUCAUGUAUAGAGAGCGUGAUGAUCACCAAAAAUUCUGUCACUCUGACGAUUUUCAAUAAUUUAAGAAUUACGCUCAACGGAGAAUCGGUUUACCCACCAGUACAACAGGAUGGCUUCGAAGUCACAUUUGCUCCCUGGAUUGUCUUUGUGGGUAUGGGUAACCAUAGACUGGAAAUUGACCGUAAAUUCUUUUCCAUUUACCUGAAAGUUGACCCAAAGUAUGCGGGAAGCACAGUUGGUUUGUGUGGGAACAUGAAUGGGGACCAAUCUGAUGAUUUUAAAGAUGUGAAAGGUUCAGCACUCGAUGACGCUGUUAAGUUCAGUAAUUCGUGGAUCCGAAACACCGAGGGCGGUGUGUGCAGUUUGUCAACGUUAGCUGACCAAGUUGUAUGCACCAGCGAAGAUAUUCAACAAACCUAUGUGUGCAAUGUGCUGAAGACUGAACCGUUCUCAAAAUGCCGGGAGCAUAUUGAUGUAACGCCUUAUAUGGAUCAGUGUUUGGAAGAUUUGUGCAGAUGCAGGCCAAGUGUUAGUUCCGACUGUCACUGCUCCGUUGUGUCACAGUUUGCACGUGAAUGCGCAAAACUUGGUCAUGAGCCAAAUGGUUGGAGGACGCAUACAUCAUGUUACCGAAGCUGCCUAGGCAAUCAGCAGUAUGUAGAGUGCGCGAGUGCGUGUGCAUCUACAUGUGAAAAUGCAAAGAGGAAUUAUUGUAGCACGGAAUGCACGGGGGGAUGCGAGUGUGCACCUGACACCUACUGGGACGCUUCAAUAGAAAAGUGUGUUUUAUUACAAAGUUGCUCAUGCACGCAUGCGGGUAAAUUCUACAAAGCCGGGGCAACAAGACAGGAAAAAUGUGAAAAUUGUGUAUGCACGGCAGCAAAAUGGACGUGCAACAAAGUAGAUUGUCCAGCCACUGCAUUGGCUUACGGCUUCUCCCAUUUCACGACCUUCGACGGCUCACAUUUUAACUACCCUGGUCGGUGCACGUACCGGUUCGUCUCACAUAAAAGUUGGAACUUGUUCGAUAUUUUAAUUGCAACGAAGGAGUGCGGGUCUGGUGGUAGAUUCACUUGUGUCAGGAAAGUUUAUAUAAAGCUUCCGGGUUCAAGUACAAUCACACUGCAUCAGGGAAAUGAAGUUUCCAUCAAUAACAACGCAGCUACAAGUCUACCAUUCACCACCGGUCCCACUGGUAUAUCGGUGUACCAGUUGUCGUCCUUGUAUGUGUCAGCUCGUAUCCAUAAUCUCGAUAUAAGUAUUCUAUGGAAUGGAAGGUCAACAGUUAUUGUGGAGGUUCCUGCUUUGUAUAAAGAGACGUUGAUUGGACUUGGUGGUCGUUACAACCUUAAGACCACGGACGAUCUCACAACAGCUUACGGAUAUGAAUCAACUCAAAUAGACUUUGGAAACUCUUGGGAGGUAUAUCAAAAAUGUGACGAUAUUCCAGUAAGUGGGAACCAGAAGGACGCAUGCGCCGAUAACCAAUAUUUAGCCAAUGAUGCCGAGACCAACUGUCGCAUCAUAACCACCGGUGAGGCGUUUGCCGCCUGCCGUUUGAAACUUAACGGUGAUAGAUACUUUGAAGCUUGCAAGUUUGACGUGUGUGCUUGUGAAACGGGCAACGAUUGCUAUUGUGAUGCGAUCGCGCUUUUCGCUCAGCGUUGUCUUGAAGUUGGUGUCGCUGUAGAUUGGAGAACUCCCGAAUCAUGUGGGUUAACUUGCAGUGGUGGAAAGACAUACCAGGUCAAUGGCACCUCGUGUGGUAGGACUUGCCGCUCAAUUACGGAGCAACGAACGUGUACGAAGAAUGAUUAUGUUGAAGGGUGUAACUGCCCUGAAGAUACUUACUUGUCCAGUGACGGUACUUGUGUAACACUUGAUCUUUGCCCAUGUUUCCACGAAAACUCUUGGAUUCAAGCAGGCCAUGUUGUUCAUCAAAACAAUAUUGCUUGUUUCUGUGUCAACGGGGCAAUGAGCUGCAACAGACCAGUCGGAGCUGAUGAUACAUCUAUUAGUUGCCCUGCUACCAUGCAGGUCUUGAAUUGCUCUAAGUUAGAACCCGGCAAUCCUGGUGCAGCUUGUGCUAAGACAUGUUUAACCAGGAACUCAAUGAACUGCGAGGGCCUUACCUGUCAAUCAGGUUGCAAAUGUCCUGAUGGUUUAGUGAUUUAUAACGGAGCUUGUAUUGAACCUACUACCUGUCCAUGUGAGUUUCAAGGGAAGGUUUACCAAGUUGGAAAUACCACAAAGUCAGGCUGUGCUGUAAUAGAAUGCACUACAACUGGCUGGAAGGAGAUAUCUCGUGAUAAAUGUUACACGACUUGUAGUGCAGUGGGUGGGGCGUAUUACAAAACCUUUGAUGGGCUAAGAACCAGCUUCCGUGGAUCUUGCGAAUACCUGAUGGCAACGGAUAAUUGCUGGGGAAAUAAUGAUAACUAUGAUUAUAGGAUCACUGUUAAAAGUCAUGACUGCCCUGGAUCUAAUAAUGCAAUGUGUGCCACCACUGUGACUGCUAUACUAGGGUACACAAAAGUGACACUUGAAAAAGGCCAAGAACCGAAACAAGAAAUUCUGUCCAGCAGAGGCGCGAUUAUAAAAUAUCACGUUAAUAUUAAAACGCGUGGUAUCUUUACCAUCGUUGAUACCAGGCUGAUAAGGAUUAUUUGGGACAACAGUACGCGGGUGUAUUUGCAAUUUAAAGAGGAAAUGAUGAACCAAACACAGUGUGGGUUAUGUGGGAACAAUAAUGGCGACGGCGCCGAUGAUAAAAAGGCACCAAAUGGAGACUUACCUGUGACAGACGUAGCAUUUGCAAACAGUUGGAAAACGAGUGAACUAUGUGCGAAUAUUCCAGAGAAAAAUGUGACUGAAUCUUGUGGCAGUAAGCUUACAUGGGCACAGAAGAAAUGUGCAGUGAUUCGAAGUGAAGUUUUUGCUGAAUGUAGGGCCAAGAUAGAUUCUGAUUACUUCUACGAAAAAUGCGUCGAGGAAACCUGCUCGUGUGAUACUGGUGGCGAUUGUGAAUGUUUUUGCACAGCAGUGUCGGAUUAUGCUUUCCAAUGCGGACAGAAUGGGGUUCCAGUGUCGUGGAGAAAUCCAGACACUUGUCCUUUGAUGUGUGAAUCUUACAACACGGAUGACAAUUGCUUAUGGAAAUACGCCCCUUGCAGUGAUGUAUGCAUUCAUACAUGUUGCACAACUUGUAUAGAUGGAUGUUUUGAAGGUUGCCACCCCAAGUGUACGAAUGGGACAAUAUUUAAUGAACAAAGCAACACGUGUGUCAAGCCAUUGGACUGCCCGGAUAAAUGUAUUUUGUCGCCUACUCUGCCACCUAUCUGCGAUGCUAAAAAUGUAACUCGCGUAUGUUCAUGGACCGACUGGCUUAAUUCACAUUCUCCAACUGGAACUGGUGAAUAUGAAACAGUCGAGAAUGUGAAGAACACUUUUGGAGUUUGCUCGAGCAGCCAUUUGGAAAACAUUGAAUGCAGAUCCCGCAAUCACGUAGAUGGAACUUUACAAAAGAAUGUCCUUUGUGACAAAAACAGUGGCUUGCUAUGCACCAAUGAGCAUAUGACAAGUGGUACUUGUGAUGAUUAUGAAGUUCGACUUGAGUGUUGUUCAUGCGGAUGCGACAGCGUGACAUGCUCCAACUUGACGUGUGACCGGCACGAAACGCAGACACUUGUCACGGCAGCCAACGGUGUUGACGUUUGUUGCGAUGUUUACAACUGCACUUGUGCAGGCUGUUGGGCAGAAGAGUUUAAGGCCCCUGGUUCUAAAUGGACAGCUGGUUGUUAUGAAUAUACUUGCUUGUCGGACAAUGCUGGGUGUUAUAAUAUACAGAAGACCAAGCUCCCAUGUAGUGAUGAUGUAACUUGUCCAGAUUACGCCAAUAAGAAGUCUUCAUUGUCGCCUGGGGCCUGCUGUGAGACUUAUACUUGUGAAUGUAAACCCGAAUUCAGCAGUGAAUAUGAUCUAAACUGUACCCACCCUAACGUACAAUACAGUACUGUGUUAACUGACGGAACUACAGAGUGUGUUAAACAUAAUUGCACUUGUCCUGACCGUGCCACGAUGAAUGAAACUUGCGUGGCACCUGUUACAUGUACGGCUUCUGGGUGCCACAGAGAAGACACCGAAGAUUGCGAUUGUUUGCUGACAAGUGAAUGCGUUUGCAAUCCUGCUGAUUGCCCGGUCCCAAAGACUUGCUCUAAAUGUGAGACCAGACAGUUGGUCCCUCCUUUAACAACACCGGACAACUGUGCAUUGGAUAGAUGUUGUGAAACAGCUGUUUGUAAACCAGUUGUAUGUAAUACAACUUCUGUUACUUGUGAACCUUGGGAAAAGAAGGAGAAUUCCACAACCAACAAUGGCUGUUGUAUACAAGAAACAUGUGUUUGUGAUGUCACAAAAGAGCAUUUGUGUCCGGGAGCCAGGCAAGAGUGUCCGUACUUCGGGAAGCUCGUAAAAUCGAAGGCAGUGUAUGGAUCGGAUAUGGAACCAGAUGAAUGUUGUGGAGGAUAUGAAUGUGAAUGUCUUCCUAAAUUUGACCCCAGCAACGUUCUUACAUGUUCUGCACCUGAGGUUCAAGAUACGACACGAUUAAUAAACGGGACGUUGGAAUGUUCAGACCACAAGUGUAUUUGCCCCGGUCACGAGGAAAUGAACGAAACGUGCGUCGAGCGGGCGAAUUGCAGCGCUUCUGGUUGCCAUAGAAACGAAACUGAGAAUUGUGAUUGCGUCGUAUCAAGCGAAUGUGUUUGCAAUCCUGCUGAUUGUUCGGUCCCAAAGACUUGCUCUAAAUGUGAGACCAGACAGUUGGUCCCACCUUUAACAACACCGGAUAACUGUGCAUUGGAUAGAUGUUGUGAAACAGCUGUUUGUACACCACUUGUAUGUAAUGAGACUUCUGCUAACUGUCAACCUUUCGAGAGUGAGUAUGUAGUGGACAGUAAAGGCUGUUGUACUGAAUAUGGAUGCAGAUGUGACAAAUGUGUUGAUGAAGCACUAAAUGUACAAAUUAUUGGAAAUGUUUGGGAAGAUGCCAUGAAUGAAUGCAUUUCUUGGACAUGCGUAAGAAGUAAUACAACCGAUGAGUGUCCACUUGUUGAAGUCUUCCAAAACAGAACAAAUGAUUGCAUACCAAUCAUUAAGGAUUGUGAAAAUCAUUAUAUUUCAGUAGAAGAUACAUCCGAUCCAUGCUGUUUACAAUACAAAUGCGUGUGCAAUACAUCGUUCUGCCCUCCUGACCCGGAGUGCGUUUAUCCAUCUGAGUUGGUCCCAGACACAGAAGCUAGUAAUGAAUGUUGUGAAGUCAAGAAAUGUAGCCCAGUCUGUGUAUACAAGGGUCUACGUUUCAAGAAAGGGGAAACAUGGGAUCACCCACAUGAUGAUUGCUUAUCAAGCAUGUGUAGUUGUGACUACAAUAAAUGUGACAUCGUUGAUGUGCCACGGUAUGAGUGCCCCGCGGCUCCCAUGACGACGUGUGCGACCCGCCAACAACCCAUGAGGGUCACCAACGCAGACAAUAAAUGCUGCUCCCAUUAUGAGUGUCCGUGUCUUUGUUCAGUAUUUGGAGAUCCUCACUACAUUACUUUUGAUGGUCGUCAAUAUACUUUCAUGGGAGAAUGUCAUUAUACGCUUGCUAAGUAUAGGGAUUCAGAUAAAUUUCAUAUAUAUAGUGACAACACAGUAUGUGUAAGAACAUCAGAGUUUGUAGGAACGUGUUUAAAGAAAAUCUUUAUUAAAUGGGAUUCGACGUUGGUGCAGAUUAGUUACGUGGAAUCAUACGACUACGCGCAAGCUGUUAAAGUAAAUGGAACAACACUCACAAGUCUACCGUGGUCAAAAGGUGGCAUUGUUGUGCGUUACGAGUUUAAAUCUAUAGUUGUUACAAUACCUGAGAUCAAUCUAUGGAUGAAGUAUCUCCUUACAAGGAUGCCCGCAGUGUUCAUAAAGGUGUCACCUACAUUGAUGUUUAAUAAGACCGUUGGAUUGUGUGGUACUUGUACAAACCAGCAGUUGGAUGAUUAUGAGGGCAGCAAUGGCACAUUGAUCGGUGGUUCCACUGAGUUUGGUUAUGAUUGGGAAGUCAAUGUAACAGAUGAGGAAUGUAAGCGAUGCGAUGCAGAGAAGAAUCCCGCUUGUUAUACAUGCGAUGAUAAAAUCUAUGAAGACAAUCUAAUGCCACUGCCAGAAUGGUGUAAAAACUGCACAGAAGCUCAUUGUCAAGCACUUGUAGCCCCAGCCUUCGCAGAAUGCAAUAAAGUCCAUCCUCCUUCAGGUUUUGUUAAGGCUUGUCAAUAUGACGCAUCAGCUUUAUCAAAAUGCGACAUUUGCAACUCAGCUGUGGCAGAAAGUUACGCAACUUUGUGUCUUGGAAGUGGAAUGUGCGUGGAUUGGAGAAAGGAUAACAAUUGCUCAAUGGAAUGCAGUGGUGACCUUGUCUACAGGUCUUGUUUGAACAAAUGCACGGCGAUGCAGACUUGUGAUAACUAUUUGGACGAAUGUGAAAGUGAGGAAUUAGAAGCUGGAUGUUUCUGCCCAGACGGUUUAAUAUUGGACCCAAAUAAUCCAACCAAGUGUAAAGACCCUGACUGUUGUUCAUGCCCUGCUGAUCCUGUCUGCGAACCAAACGAAGAGUUACGUUUUGCCACCACGCCCCCUGAAUCAUGUUGCCCUGAGAAAGUGUGCGUUUGCAAGGAACUUGUUGAACCCGAAUGUAUUACCCCAAAAGUGUUGCUCCACACCAAUGACACAAAAUGCCCACAACCAUACUGUGGCUGCCCAAUUGACAUGGCUUACUGUGUGAAUGCAACUGCAAACUGUACAACGCAUCUUGGCUGCAGAGAAAAAUCUCUGGUGCAAGACAUAUGCGGCUGCGUGUUGAAAAGUCAGUGUGUCUGCAACUCUGAGUUAUGCCCUGAGCCACCUGAGUGUGGAGAUUGCAUGGAACUUACUACACUGGAGACUGUAAUCACUGGUAAUGUAUGCGAGGAUUGCUGCCAGAAGUAUCAAUGCAAAAGGGAGCCAUGUGAGAAUAGAUGGGAAAAUGUUACAAUACCUGGUGGAUGCGAAUUGGUUUUUACUGACAAUUCAACUAAGUGCUGCUCCCAGUAUAAACUUAAAUGUGACAACUGUAUCAAUGAGAAUGGGACAUUUCAUAAAACUGGUUCAAGUUGGUAUGAGGUGAAAGAAGAUUGCAGAGUGAAAUAUAUAUGUUCUGAAGUAGUUAAUGUUACUGGGACCCCCUAUCAUAUAAAGGUUGUUGAUCACGAUCCAAGGGACCACUGCACAAGCAAAGAUCAAUAUGAAUCAGAAAAUUGUAAAAUUGAUGACGAAUAUCAUGUAGCCGUUGAAAUCCCCUCAAGUGAUCCUUGUUGUAGCAACCAUACUUGUCAAUGUAACUGUCCAGAUGAUUACGUACCACCUCCAGAUAAAGACACUUUGAAACCAUAUGAAGAAUUGGAUGUAGAAGACAAGUGUUGUGCAAAUUGGACAAUCAAGUGUGAAGCAUGUCUUCUUCAAAAUGGUAGUUCUGUAGCAGUUGGUGAAAGCAUUCAAGUUGAUGAUGGAAGUGGUUGUGUGGUUGAUAAGUAUUGCUCGAGCAAGAAAAUCAACGGAAACGAAAGUGCUUGUUACGAAAUGAAAGUAUCAAACGACCCACGAGAUUACUGCACAAGCAAAAUUAAAUAUGAUUCAGAAAAUUGUAAAAUUGAUGACGAAUACCAUGUAGCUGUUGAAGUUCCCUCAAGUGAUCCUUGUUGUAGCAACCACACAUGUCAAUGUAACUGUCCAGAUGAUUACGUACCACCUCCAGAUAAAGACACUUUAAAACCGUAUGAAGAAUUGGAUGUAGAAGACAAGUGUUGUGCAAAUUGGACAAUCAAGUGUGAAGCAUGUCUCCUCAAAAAUGGUAGUUCUGUAGCAGUUGGUGAAAGCAUUCAAGUUGAUGAUGGAAGUGGUUGUGUGGUUGAUAAGUAUUGCUCGAGCAAGAAAAUCAAUGGAAACGAAAGUGCUUGUUACGAAAUGGAAGUUGCAUUUGAUCCAAGAGAGAAGUGUCAGCCAAAGGCAGAAUUUGAAUCAACUGUUUGUGGAGCAUAUCAACAUGCAGUUGAAGUUGUUUACAGCGGGGAUACAAUCGACCCGGAACCUUGUUGUUCAGAAUUUGAAUGUGUUUGCAACAAUCAUACGAUGCUGUCUAAACAAUGUCCAAAGUGGUUCAAUUACACUUGUCCGGAUCCGAGAAUGAUUGCACAACAAACAAACACCAUUGAUGACAAACAAUGCUGUCCUGAGUUUAAAUGUGUUUGCCCACAAUGUCCGAACGUUACGGAGUGUCAACGUAAAUCGUGGUCACCAAAAGUUAUAGACGAUUCCACUUACCCAGCUGAGUGUGGAUGUUUAAGCACCGAAUGUGAAUGCAAUCCAGAAUACUGCUCCAUAUUCUUUCCCCAACCCCAAUGCAAUGAACCACAUUAUAAUCGCACUGUUGUCAACGCUACCUACUAUGAGGAAUGUUGUCCACGUGUUGAGUGUACAUGUGUGCAGGAGAACUGCGCUAACAUCACUUAUGAAGGACCAAGUAGUUGUUCUCCAUUUGAAGACUUGAUUGAAUUGAACCAGCCAGCAAUCGAAUGCUGUACAAAACACACUGCGUGUCGAUGCAAAAAUGAAAGUCAGCUGAACGAGCUAUGCAUGUCAAGCAAUGCAACGAUACCAGCUGGAUUCGUCUAUGCACCAAUAUUGAACGAUUCUACCAUGCGACCCAAUUGCUGUCAUUAUGUCUGUGAUACUUGCAAGGCUAAAGAUGGAUCAAUUAAAAAGCGAGGUGAGACUUGGGUUGAAGAUGAUUCUGGUUGCGGGGUAGAGUAUCUCUGCACUGAUAAGAAAGAGGAAUAUGGAGACAGAUGUUUCAUCUCUGAAGUAAACCGCAACCCAAGGGAUUACUGCACAAGCAAAGAUCAGUAUGAAUCAGAAAAUUGUAAAAAUGAUGACGAAUAUCAUGUAGCUGUUGAAGUCCCCUCAAGUGAUCCUUGUUGUAGCAACCACACAUGUCAAUGUAGCUGUCCAGAUGAUUACGUACCACCUCCAGAUAAAGACACUUUGAAACCAUAUGAAGAAUUGGAUGUAGAAGACAAGUGUUGUGCAAACUGGACAAUCAAGUGUGAAGCAUGUCUCCUCGAAAAUGGUAGUUCUGUAGCAGUUGGUGAAAGCAUUCAAGUUGAUGAUGGAAGUGGUUGCGUGGUUACUAAGUAUUGCUCCAGCAAGAAAAUCAACGGAAACGAAAGUGCUUGCCACGAAAUGGAAAUAUCAAACGACCCAAGACAGAACUGCGUCAGCAAAGAUCAAUUUGAAAAGAAUAAUUGUGCCUCUGAUGAAGUCGCACAGGAAACCGUUUCACAAGAUCCUUGUUGUAAAAGCUAUCGCUGUGUAUGUGGAGAUCCACCCCCAGGCUACAUAAAACCACCCUAUAUUUGCUCCUACCCACGUGAGGUAAUGGUUACCUUCCCAAAUUCAACGGACUGUUUUAAAUACGCAGCAUGCCUUUGCGAUAACAACACAGAGACAGUAUACGAAUGUCAUGAAUAUUAUACGGCUAAGUUUACAUGCACUGCAGAAGACCGACACAUUGUUGAAGUCAUCAGACCAAAGGAAGAGGUUACCGAUUUUAACAAAUGCUGCCCCAAGUUCGAUUGUCCAUGCAAGGAAUGUAAUACAACUGAAAACGUGACUUGCCCAGAUGGAUUUAUCAUGGAAGAUAAAAAAAUGCCAUACGAUUGUUGUGCAAAGAACGUAUGCGUUUGCAACUCAUGUGAAACAUCAGAUGGAGCCCUGCACGAUUUCUAUACUACGUGGGUUGAAACAGACGCAGAAGGUUGUGCAUUACAAUAUGGUUGUUAUCCCAGCAGUGAUAAAAACGAGCGAGGAUGUCGUACACCAAAAGCAAUGAACGAUACUUGCCCUGCACCAACCACAUGCUCAAGUUAUGAAACCAAAGUGUUAGUAGUUUAUAAUGAAACACAUCUAGAUCCAAACUUAUGCUGUCCCGAAUAUAAAUGUGAGUGUAACUCAUGUGGCCCUGAUUAUGUUCCUGCCCCGAAUCCAGACGAACUUAAAUGUGAAUAUCUAAUGCCUUACAACGAAACAGAGAAUCCCAAUCAAAAGUGCUGCCCACUUUAUCACAAAAAAUGUCUACCUUGUGGAACACUUGCAGACUUUGAAACUGAAUAUUGUGAACCGAUGUACGAGCAUGCUGUGGAGCUUCCACGUCCAAACGACACCUGCUGUUGCCCCAUGUUUAAGUGUGUGUGCAACUCUCCUGACGUACUUGACAGCAUUUGUGAUGUCAAAGACAUAAACGCUGCGACUUGUGCCCAGCUUGGAAGAAUGAACAUCACUUACAGCGUUGUUAACGACACAUUCGGUUGCUGCCAAGAGCCAAGCUGUAAGUGUUACACUGGUGAUGAAUUAAAGAAAGAAUGUGGUAAAAACACAACAACCUGUGAGUACGGGAUGGAAGAACAGCCAAUUAACUCCGGAGACCAAUGCUGUGAGAUGUUCCAAUGCAAAUGCAGUACAUGUCCAAGCAGUUACAACCAGACAAAACCAGCUGAGGAUAAUUCAUAUGAAGAAUGGAGGGAGGAAACAUUGGAAGAAAAUCCGCUGCAGAAAUGUUGCCCACGCUGGCGAAAGUCAUGCACAGGAAACCACACUGACUGCUCUACUAUUGUUUGCGAUGCUGAUAAGUAUCCUGUACAAGAAGGUAUGAAGGAUUGUUGCCCAGCCAUGAAGUGUAAAUGUAGAGAUGCUGAGGAACUCAACUGUCCAGAGCUAGAGUCUUGUAAGAAUGGAGAGACUUCUAAAGAGUAUUUUGAACCAGAUGUGUGUUGUCCAAAAGUGAAUUGCUCUUGUGGACCUUGUGGGCAAAACUACACCAAAUACCCACCUGGAACAUUAGAAUCAUAUGAAGAAUAUGAGCUGGUUACACCUGAAAAUGUGUGUUGUCCUACUUAUAUCAAAAAAUGCGGCAAUGUAUCUUUGUGUAAAGUUCCUGAUUGUGAAGCAAACCACACAGCUGUUACAAUUGCUGACUUAAUGGAUCCAGAUACUGAUGGCUGCUGUCCACUAUACAAGUGUAGAUGUGACAUUUGCCAUAGUGAAUACGGAACAUUUAAAGUUGGAGAUACAUGGAAAAAAGACAUUGGUGGAGGGUGCAUGGUGACUUAUGAAUGCACAAAGCACAGAUUGGGAAACACCACUUCUUUCAUGGAUCUGGAGAAAUGUCACAAAUCUGAGAUAAAGUUAGACCCAAGCACACACUGCAAAUCUGAAAUAUACCACGACACUUAUGUUUGCAACUCCUACCAAACUGCUGUAGAAUAUUUCCCAGUCCCUGAUCCUAACACUUGCUGUUCUGAAUACAAGUGUAUUUGCAAAGAAGAGAUGCAGCUACAGAUGGCGUGCUCUAACUUCACAAAGGAGGUCUGUGGUGAACACAUGCAUUCCAUUGAACAUGGCACGAUAUCAGGAACUACAGACUGUUGCCCAGAUCAUGCUUGUGUGUGUAAUAAUGAUACAAUGUUGAGAAACGAUUGCGAUCAAUGGACAGACUACACAUGCAACAAACCAGGAUAUGAGAGAAUACAGACAAACACAGUGGACAAGACCAAUGGUCCAUGCUGCCCUACUUAUACCUGCCAAUGCAAGCCAGAAGAAGAACUUAGGCAAGAGUGUGUGAUGUGGAACCACACAUGUUCUGUUGGUGAAAGAAGGGAACGAAAUAACACAGAUUGCUGCCCAACUUAUGAGUGUGUGUGCGACAAGUGUGUAAUGGAUGAAGGCAUUUACCCGGUGAAUGUGUCAUGGGUCUCACCUGAUGACAUUUGCACAAAACAAACGUGUGUGUUGGAUCCAAUUACUGGUUGCCCAGCAAUCAACCCAUCGGAUAAAUACGACUGCCCUUAUGUUGAUACUGAUGAUUGCAUUAAGAAAGGGGGCAGUAUUCUUGGAAAUGAAAGUACUUCUGGCUGUUGCAAAAUAUGCAAUCCAAUCACUACACCUUGUGAAAGAACGAUCCAACGUGAGUCAAUAAAUGCCACUGUUGAUGGACAUUUAUGCUGGACAGCUACUAAACAUGACAUAGCAUUCUGUAGCGGAUCGUGUCAGACCUCGCAGUCAUAUGAUGAACAUACAGGGGAAUCCAAUGGUAUUUGCCGUUGCUGCAAAUCUGAUUGGUCAUCCAAGAGGACAUAUUCCUUGUCAUGUGACGAUGGAAUCAAUCGAGAUCAUCAACAUAUUGAGAUCAUGUCGUGUGGAUGUGAAGAGACAGCAUGUGAAGCAACAGCAACAUCUGCUACACCUUUUAUUCCAUAAACUGAACACUGGAUUCAGUGGCACCGCUAGAGGGGUUUUAUGGGUUCCAACUUCCCCUUUUAACAAUUUUUCCGGCUGUUCCACUGACUGUUUCUCUUUUAUUUUGCUUUGCUUGUAGUUUGCACUAUUAUUAUAUCACUUAUUUUGUCUGUAACCUUGUAAAAACACUUCACUUAAAAAAAUCAGUAGUUCGACUUCUGAAAGAACCAAUUUAUUAAUACUAAGAUUUCUACAACCCAACUAACAACCAUUAACCAUUAUAAAAUCUGUAUCUAUUUUAACAGACCUAACCAAUUCUAUAUAUUGUGCAAUAUCUGAAUAUUCUCCACCACUCCCGAAUAUAUAAGUGCCAAAGCACCAAUUAAUCCGAAUCUAGAGUUUUUUUCCGAAUAAUUAAUACUGUGCGUACUUUCACUGGUUAAUAUUUUGGUGAAUAAUCAAAAGUUGAAAAACCGGUAAUACUGAAUGCUUGUAUAUUUCGCAAUGCUAUGCUAUUAUUACACUUGCUGCACAUUA